AUGCAGGCAAAUGUCUUACAGUCCCCGAGAUCAAGUGGGACAGGUCCAGGGAAUCGACUUGGCCGCAGCGGAGGUCAUAAAACCAAGGUACCAGCAGACCGAGACACUUGUAGUAAGGACCUGGAAACAACAAUGGAAGGCCUCCUCAGCGUCCUCAGCAAACCGGUCUGUAUGCUGGCUGAAACUGGACGGGGCUUAAUGGGUCCUCCUCCGUGGGCUAAGGUCUUGACACAGGGUCUUCCUGGAAAACUAUUCCAAUCGUAUGAGAAACUCGAAUAG